AUGGAAGCCACAGAUGCCUCCAGAAGCAACGGGGCCAGCCCGGAAGCCAGGGAUGCCCGCAACCCCCUGGGCCCCAAUGGUACCCUGGAGAAUGGGGCCAAGGCCGAAGGCCAAGAUGCCAAGACCACCAACGGGCACGGCGGGGAGGCGGCCGAGGGCAAGAGCCUGGGCGGUGCCCUGAAGACAGGGGAGGGCAAGAGCUCCCUGUUCUCGGGGAACGAGUGGCGGCGGCCCAUCAUCCAGUUUGUCGAGUCCGUGGACGACAAGGGCUCCAGCUACUUCAGCAUGGACUCUGGGGACGGCAAGAGGUCCCCCUACGCCGGGCUCCAGCUGGGGGCCAGCAGGAAGCCGCCCCUCUCCUUCGCCGAGAAGGGGGAGCUGCGCAAGUCCAUCUUCUCGGAGCCCCGAAAGCCCAUGGUGUCCAUCGUGGAGCCCGGGGAGGCCCGGCGGAACAGCUACCCCCGGGCCAACGGCGGCCUCCUGCGCUCCAAGUCGGGCUCCGAGGAGGUCCUGUGUGACUCCUGCAUUGGCAAUAAGCAGAAGGCCGUCAAGUCCUGCCUGGUGUGCCAGGCCUCCUUCUGUGAGCCGCACCUCAAGCCCCACCUGGAGGGCGCCGCCUUCCGCGACCACAAGCUGCUCGAGCCCAUCCGGGACUUCGAGGCCCGCAAGUGCCCCCUGCACGGCAAGACCAUGGAGCUCUUCUGCCAGACGGACCAGACCUGCAUCUGCUACCUCUGCAUGUUCCAAGAGCACAAGAAUCACAGCACGGUGACCGUCGAAGAGGCCAAGGCCGAGAAGGAGACAGAGCUGUCCCUGCAAAAAGAACAGUUGCAGCUCAAGAUCAUCGAGAUUGAGGAUGAAGCUGAGAAGUGGCAGAAGGAGAAGGACCGCAUCAAGAGCUUCACCACCAGUGAGAAGUCUCUCCUGGAGCAAAACUUCCAGGAUCUGGUGCGGGACCUGGAGAAGCAAAAGGAGGAAGUGAGGGCUACACUGGAACAGCGGGAGCAGGAUGCCGUGGACCAAAUAAAGGUGAUCGUGGAUGCUCUGGACGAGAGGGCCAAGGUGCUGCAUGAGGACAAGCAGACGAGGGAGCAGAUGCAAAGCAUCAGUGACUCGGUGCUGUUUCUGCAGGAAUUUGGUGCAUUGAUGAGCAAUUACUCCCUCCCCCCACCCCUGCCUACCUACCAUGUUCUGCUGGAGGGGGAGGGCCUGGGACAGUCACUUGGCAACUUCAAGGAUGACCUGCUCAAUGUGUGCAUGCGCCAUGUUGAGAAGAUGUGCAAGGCGGAACUGAGCCGUAACUUCAUCGAGAGGAACCACAUGGAGAACGGGGCUGACCACCGCUAUAUGAGCACCUACACUAACAGCUACUCAAGCGAGUGGGGCACACCUGAUACCAUGAAGAGAUACUCCAUGUACCUCACACCCAAGGGUGGGGCCAGGACAGCCUACCAGCCGGGGUCCCCCAGCCGCCUCUCCAAGGAGACCAACCAGAAGAACUUCAACAAUCUCUAUGGCACCAAAGGUAACUACAGCUCCAGGGUCUGGGAAUACUCCUCCACCAUUCAGAACUCUGAUGAGGGGCCUGCAGUCCAAGGCAGCUCCUCCUUCUCCCUGAAAGGCUAUCCUUCCCUCAUCAGGAGCCAGAGCCCCAAGGCCCAGCCCCAGACUUGGAAAUCUGGCAAGCAGACUUUGCUGUCUCACUACCGGCCCUUCUAUGUCAACAAAGGCAAUGGGAUGGGGUCCAACGAGGCCCCGUGA